CCUCUCGCCCACCGGAAGGCCACCCACAGGAAGGAAGGCGGAGGAGGAGGGCGGCGACGCCCCCCGCGGCUGCGCGCCCGUCGAUUAAAAGAGGCCGGCCUAUUCUAUCCGCCCGUCGUCAUCUACUCGUAGCCGGUGCUAUAUAUGCUUGCCUGCCCUUCCUUCCCCUCAUCUCUACUUUCUUUAUCCGUUGAUCGGGAGUCAAGAAGAAUUGCUGCAAUCCCUUUCGUAUAUAGCUAGCUACUGCUGCUUGACUAGACACCCAAUCUGCCGCGGCGGGCCGAUGAGGACCUCAGGGGUCAUCAUCUAUCUAUAUAUUUGAGACUCUUGAGAGGACAUAACAAGGUGUUUUUACUACUAUGGAACUGUUCUGGGGGUGCUGCUACAUCUACCAUUUAUGUGGCCUAGGCAAUGGCCACAGAGAAGAGCCAAAGAUAACCUGGCUUUUUUACAACACAGACAUGCUGCUAAUGCUUGCUGUGGCAGCCACUUCGGCUUCUCUCUUUUAUUAUCUGCUGCUGCCUUAUUGUGGCUGCACCAGCCACCUACUGUACCUGGAGCAGCAGUUGCCAGAGAGAAGGUGUGAAGCACACACAACUUCACUCUGUGCAGGGUCCAUUUCACUUACCGUUUUGGAUGCGUGACUCGUUUUGGAUUUUAAGCUAACAGAAUAAUCUAGAUGUCAGUAGUUAGGACUGAUAAACUGUUUUGACCUAUUAGUGUAAAUCUGUAAAGGAAAUACCUGGUUUUGGUUGAGUCACUGUAAAGGAAAUGGAACAGAGGAACAUACUUGUAUUGGAUGAACAUGUGCUCAAAGCCACUGAUCGCAAGAGAAAGCAUGAGACUGCUACAGAGUGUGCUGAGGCCAAUGAUGCAAUGGGAGUUCAAUGUAAGAAGUUCAAUGAGGCCAAUGAUCCAAGAAAACACCUUGUUAGAUUUGAUGACAGAGCUCAAUGUAAGAAGUCUAAAGUGACUUCCUGUGGGAGUGGAGGUAUAUUGGAGUCAUAUUGGAACUUUAAGACAAGUGGGCUCCCUGUGCGUGUGCUUUUCUACCAACAUGGUGACUGGAGUGAUUUUCCAGAGGAUGUUGUCAAUCUAGCACAACAAGACUUCCAGUUGAAGAGGCCAAUUACUACUGCCGUGUUCCAGAACAAGCACAUCUUGUUGGACUUCAUUCAUAUGAUUUGUCUAGAUUAUGAGAUGACCACAAACAACCCACUAGCAUGGGUUGAUGAUCAUGGCAAAGGCUUCUUUCCAGAUUUAUCUGCUGUACUGUACACAUCUAAACCAUCUCAGCUCGAGAAAGGUGAAGCUGCUGAGCAUGCUGGGAUGUCUACUAGUGUAGCUGAAAGCUCAAGUUCAGUAUCUGUUGGUGGAGUAGUAUCUUAUGAUAAGAGGAUCUAUAAUAUUGUGGAGGACAAACUACAAACACAUAACAAACUUGCUGGAGCUAUUGGUGAAAAUAAAUCAGGUUCUUCAAUCCAUUUGAAUGAAUAUUCUAGUGGAACUGUACAAGCUGCCACUGGCAAGCGAAACAGUGGUCCACGUGUUGAUUCAGCCGUGCGAAAGUUGUUACUCCAAGGACUAGGCCAGCCUUUUAAGGAAAAGGAUAUUAUUGGUAUAUAUAGAACACCACUGCUAGAUCAGCAUGGGCAAGUACGUUCUGGUCUUUUCCAAGAGGAGGUCGAAGUGACCAAAAGCCGUCGUGGGAAUGCAAAUGUCCGUUAUGCUUGGCUUCCUUGCUCGAGAGAUAGUAUGGAGGAGAUGAUGAUGCAAGGCGCUUUGGAAAUUGCAAAACCUCAGCAGGUCCACACACUUGGUCUUGGAACUUGUCUUGCUCCAGCAAACUGCUCAAAUUCAUGUGCCAGCUAUUCAGAUUUCCAUGAAGAUGGCAUCAUCAGAAUGAUGUUAUGUCGUGUAAUAAUGGGUAAUGUUGAGGUUGUUUUGCCUGGAUCAAAUCAAUUCCAGCCAAGCAAUGAAAGUUUUGAUAGUGGCGUGGACGAUCUACAAAAUCCAAAGUAUUACAUCAUAUGGGAUGCUAAUGUGCAUAAACGGGUAUAUGCUGAAUAUGCUGUUAUUGUCAAAGUACCUCCCAUGAUCAAUGAAUAUUUAGUCUCAAAGGAUAGCGUGUCCAACAUAUCUGAGAUCAUAAGUUCUGGUUCUCCAGACAAUCUAACUAAGGGGGAUAGGUUCCAAACCUUGGUGUCAUCUGCUGUUGGACAAGAAGCACCUAAGUUGUGGCGUGCUCCUAGGGCUCCCUCCUCACCAUGGAUGCCCUUUUCAAUGCUUUUUGCUGCCAUUUCUACAAAAGUACCUCGUUCAGACAUGGACUUGGUCAUCAGAUACUAUGAAGAGUUUAAGAGUAAAAAGAUUAGCAGGAGUGACUUGGUGAUACGGAUGAGGCAAAUAAUUGGUGAUAAGAUACUGGUUUCUACAGUAAUGAGGCUUCAGCAGAAGUUCCCACCGAUGGCAGCAGCUGGGCUACCAAGAGCACUGGGAAGGCGGAGGGAGUGAUAUCACAGUUGUUUAAGCUAGCCUUAUCUGGAGGAUUAACGUACACAAAUGCUUCGUCGACAUGGCCAAACACAGCACUUGGAGUCGGGAGGAGGGAAGUCCCUCCAUUAUAUUACAUGGUGGUACUGUUGUAGUAGCAAUCUGAGACUCAAAAACUAUUUAGGUCUUGACAAAUUAGAAACUCAGAUAAUAAUAAUUAUUACUACUAUAUAGUAGUGUAUUUCAGUCGGUUGCCUUGUGUGUAGUGUAUAUGUAACCUUAGAUUGGUCAAUGAUUUCAUGCAUCCACCCGGUUCUCUUU